AUGGCCGCCAGCCGCCUCCCGCCGACUGCGCUCACCCUGAAGCAGUUCUUGAGGCGAGAGCAGGUUCUUCAGUUGUACAGGAAGAUCCUGCGGGCUAUUCGCGACGUCCCUGCUGAAGCAGAUCGUCGCUAUUUAAAGGACUGGGCCAGGGAGGAAUUCAGGAGAAAUAAAGAUGCUACAGAAGAGGAUGCAAUCAGGAUGAUGAUUACUCAAGGCAACAUGCAACUUCAGGAACUUCAAAGAACACUUAAGCUGGCAAAAUCCUGAUCUUAAUUUUGUUGACAGCUGGACUUUCAUCUGCUGCGAACGAGCAUAGUAUUUUUUUCCAGAAUGUGGUUAUAAUAGCAGCCUUUGCUGACAACCUGGUAAUGUUUGAAGGUGGAAUCUACUGCAGUGGGGUUUUUGUUUGGUUUUUCCCCUUCCCCUUCCCCUUCCUCCUCUCGGUUUGGUUACCCUCCCUGUGGAAAUCACUCAGACACAAAGGACUUUAAAGAGCUGAGUGGAUGAUGUAGCACGUGCUGCGGGAAAAGCAGAAAGCACCAAAAAUUACAACAGCACUGUUAUGCCAGGGAAAUGGAAAAUAAAUAUAAACCAGAUUAUUUUGUCUGUUUUCUAUUGUGGCAACUCUAAGUGGUAACAUUCAUAGUGGUAACAGCUCUUUCUGUACUGUGCCAAAGAUUUCUACCAAAAUUUGGGAUUAAAAAAGCAUUUGGGAUAAAUGAAUGGGCCCAAAACCAAUAAACAUGAUAAAACACUAAGAAAAUGUUUUGUAUGUAGAUGUUGAUUUUCAGUUAUAGCUGAAUAAAACUUAAAAGGGAAGGUCUUUAUAUACGAAAAUGAGAUUUUUUAGCCCCAGAAACAGUUACUACCAAGUUAACAGGAAGUACCUUCAAGUUAGCAUUUAA